ACACGACGGUUUCGAAGCAACACACGACACACAACACAACACAACACAACACAAAACGUCGAUACUAUCUUGGGUCGGUUGUUUGAAGAAUCGAAUAUCGAACAAAAGAUUAUUAUAAUUUUUACGAAUCGAAACCCCAUCGGGUAGCUCAAGCACCAAAAGCAUGGUGAUCGUGAACGACCUUGAAGUCCUUAUUGUUUCGGCAGAGGAUGAGAACAACACACCUUUCAAGGAACACAGAAAAGGCACCAAUACCUAUGUGGAAGCAGAACCGGAUGCCGAAUAUUUCAUCAGCAUCCGGAAGUUCAGGACCUCGGCAACUGGUCUCUAUUGCAAACUGUACGUCGAUGGCAAAGACCUUGAAUAUUACUUGGAUUGGGGAGCCCACCAUAUUGAUUCGUCUCCAGAAAUGCAUGGCAUUUGGUCCUACUCUAAGGGUGUUUCUACGGAUAAAGCAUUGCAGUUUGUCAAGGCGUCCUCCGUGAGUGGAGAUGCGGCAAUGGCCACAAUGGGGGAGAUUAGAAUGGAAGUCUAUGAAAGAAUUAAUCAUGGAAUUCAACGUUCAAGCCGUGAAGUCCAGCCUUCGUCGACCUUCAAAACAGCACCGUCCAUUCCAUUGGAUUGUUGUAAUAGUGUGACAAACAAGAAAAAUAUACGUACAAAAGAGGGGCAUCGUGAAAUAACAAAAUUGGUUGGGACAGGACCGAGUACUUGCUCUUCCAAAGGGGCUCAUCUGUACUCGAUACCGCUCUAUUACUGUGCCGCACCAGGGCUGAUUGCUGUUGGAGUUCUUCCAAAACCUCCAUUGUGGGAUCUUGAGCGGACCAUUAACCCGGCACAAAUCACACCCGCCGAGAAAAAGGAGCUGGAAAAGCUCGUACUUUCCGUAAAGCGCGAUCGGAAAGGCAACGAGAUCAUAGAACUCAGAGAGGAAGACGAAGACGAAGACGAUCCUGGCUGUUGCAGCAGUGGUCGCGAUAUCAACGAGGAAACCCCCGAUGUAUGCACGAAUGCACACAAAAUUGCCACGGACCUUUUGAAGAGGCCGAGGCUGUCUGUCACCCGUCGAGAUAUACCGGUAGAAGUGGUGUAUUUGUCGAAUCAAAACCGAAGAAACAUCGAAAAAGACGACGAACGGGCUGUGUUUUAAAAGAAAAAAUCGGAUGGUAUUGACAACCAACGUUUCCAAUUGGAAAUGAAUAAGCCUGGCGGAUCGAUAGAUCAUGAAUGCUUGGCACUUGUAUUUUUAAGUGGUGUCUACGACUGAAUGGCGUUGCUUCAGAGGUGAAAACGAAUGAAUUGCUCUUGCGCGUAGUUGCCAGUAUCUCGAAAAAUUGAAGUAACAGCGAUAGGCAAUCUAGAAAUAUGGUAGGGCCCGUCCCCUCUGCACAAGUAUCUUCACCAAAACCUUAAACUAAAGUUAUAUGCAUGCA